AUGAGCUCUAGAUUAUUAAGAAGGUCGCUACCGUCAUACCUUGCUCGAGCCUCAUACUCAACAAACAGCAAUAGUUCCUUCAAGACUGCAGUGGAGACAGCUGAAAAGUUAGUCUCGCCAACAUCAUCUUCCAAGUUUCAGGACCCCUUCUCCAUCGUGAGCCAUGAAAUGUCCAACUUGGCAAAAUCAAUAGCCAACCUCAUAGGCUCCGGCCACCCUACAUUGAACAGAGUGAGCUCAUACUACUUUGAAGCAGAAGGGAAAAACGUUCGACCAUUGAUCGUAUUGAUCUUGAGUAAAGCCUUACUGAAGAUACCUCGUCUGGAACGCCAAAGAAUACCCAUUGACGAAUACGACGUUACUCAACAAGCACAUAUCAAAGGCACCCCUCAGUAUGGCCAAGAGUCCAUUGCAGGCAACAGCGUCGACGACAGUUUGAGCCCGUUGCGCAUAUUGCACGGAAUCAACCCCAAGAUCAUAUUGGACCCAUUAAGCAAACCAAUGGACCAGUUGCCAGAAAUUGACAAAUUGAAUGGCAUAUUACCAAAACAAAGAAGACUCGCCGAGAUUGUCGAAAUGAUACACACUGCCAGUUUAUUGCACGACGAUGUGAUUGAUCUUUCUGACUCCAGAAGAGGUAGACCUAGCGGAAACGUUGCCUUUACCAAUAAGAUGGCUGUCUUGGCGGGAGACUUUUUAUUGGGAAGAGCAUCGGUUGCCAUUGCAAGACUAAGGAACCCCGAGGUGAUUGAGUUGCUUAGUACAACCAUUGCCAACUUGGUCGAAGGUGAAUUUAUGCAAUUGAAAAAUACUGUAAUGAGCAGCAAAGAAGAACUGAACAUGAUCAAUAACGAUGGCGAAUUGAAAAGAGUUCCCGAGCCAACGGGAAAAGUACCUACAAAGCAACACGAAUAUUCAGUGUCCCCAGCCUCAACUACCACUGUUUCUUCGUCUCACUCUUCCUCUUCUUCAUCAUCAUCAUCAUCUGUUGAGGGUGAUGUCGUUGACCACGACAUUAGUGUGCAAGCAGCUUUUGAGUACUAUUUGCACAAGACCUACUUGAAAACAGCAAGUCUCAUGUCCAAAUCGUGUCGAGCAGCAGCAGUCUUGAGUGGCGCUCAAGACGACAUUAUAGAAAACUGUUAUCAGUUUGGUCGUAACCUCGGGCUCUGCUUCCAGAUUGUUGAUGACAUGUUGGACUACACAAGCUCAGAUGCAACAUUUGGAAAACCAAGUCAAGCUGACCUCAAAUUGGGUCUUGCAACAGCACCCAUUCUCUUUGCAUGGAAAAAAGAACCGCAAUUGGGCGAGCUUAUUGCCAGAAAAUUCAAUCAACCAGGCGACGUUGAGAUUGCAAGAGAUGCCGUUCAAAAGUACAAAGGAUUGGAACAAACCAGAGAAAUGGCAACAAAGUACUGCAUGAGCGCAUUGGAGAAUUUGAGACAAUUACCCGAGUCAGAUGCUCGUAGUGCUUUGGAAUUGUUGACCAACUCAGUCUUAACCAGAACCAAAUAA